AUGUCGCUUUCCUGGGCACAGGUCGCCAGGGGCCAGCAACGAAGUCAAACACAGCCGGCGCUACCUCUACCUCCGACACGCCCAGUCACGCCGGCUCGCGAGACUCCCUCCCCUGCCUGGAACGCCGACUCCGAUACGCUGUUCGAGAACAGCACUGGCACAAGUGUCGAUGACGACUGGGACUCGCAUGAUGGCUGGAACGGCAACGCCGAACCUCCGGCGCCUCCCCGAACGAGCGGCACUGGCUUCUCUGCAUGGGACUGGACAGAUGAGAACGGCUCCAAAGUACCUGCCUGGCUCAAGGAAAAGGCUGUCGUCGUUGGCAUAGAUCUCGAGACCAACUGCUGGGCACUCGACAAGAAGAAUGGCAGGGAGUUCGGCCGCCUGAAAAGCCUACUGAGGAAGGGCGAGUCGCUUACGCGUCGGCAACAAGACCGGUACUACGAGCUCGACGCGCUCAACAGACAAGGUCGCGUCUCCGAGAUCGGCAUGGCCUUCCUCAACUCCAAGCAUUUGUCCUGGUCAAAACGCGGCGAUCGGUUCUGUAACGCGUGGAAGCACAUCGGUGGCGUCAACCUAAUAAUCAGGGAACACGAGCACGUCGGGCCGCACAUGGGUUGGUGUCGUCACAACGACCCAGAUCAUGACUUUACAUUCCUCUACGGCAAACCCGAGAAGAUCAGCAAGGCUGCUGCACGGAACGUCAUGGUCAGCAAAAUCAAGCACGCGCUUGGCGAUUCUCCGGUUUCUGCUUCGAAAGCACCAUAUCGCAACGAGACUCCGAUUGUGUUCGUGUUCUUCGCGAAAGGCAACGACCUCAGAUGGCUCGCACCACUGGGCAUUGACUUACUGGCAGAGUUCCCGAACAGUACUAUCGUCGACUGCCAGUGGGGACCGAUCGGCAACGUCAUCAGUCGCAACCGACAUAAGCCUCAGUGCAAUGCCGGCGACUACAUCGAAGGGCUAGGCAUCGACCACACCGGCUCGCACAACGGUGGCAACGACGCGGUACACGAGUUGCGAGCAUUUCUGGCCGAGUGCGCAUUGGAUGAGGAGCAGCACGCGAGUGUGCUCGAUGGAUACUCGCUGCCUCGACUCGAAGAGCCAGCAGUGGAAGAUCUUGUGGAGGGCGUUGCGACUAUGGGACUGGGGCAUGAGCAGAAGCCGAUGAACAACAACCAUAAGCGGCGCUUGAAUAAGAAGAAGAACGAUGCGGCGAGGAAAGAUCCUUCCCCUGGAUCGGGAAUAUCUAUCAACUCCCUAACCACCAUCCCAUUCACGCCACACCUUCCACCGCACCUAAACACACAUCAUGUCCAAACGCUCAGUCCUCAUCACCGGCUGCUCCGAUGGCGGCCUCGGCGCAGCCUCGCACUCGCCUUCCACGCCGCCGGCCUCAAAGUCUACGCCACUGCCCGCAACCCUGCCAAACUAACCCAGAUGACCGCCGCCGGCAUCGAAACGUUGACCCUAGACGUCCUAUCUGACUCCUCCAUCAAGGCGUGCGCGGAUAAAGUGUCGAAGCUGGAUCUGCUCGUCAACAACGCCGGAGCAGGCUACACGGCCGCCUUCUCCGACAUCAACAUCAAAGCCGCAAAGGAAACGUUUGAUCUGAACGUCUGGUCGAGCAUUGCCGUGACGCAGGCGUUCCUCCCGCAGCUGAUCGCGUCCAAGGGGGUGGUCGUGUUCAAUACAUCCGGCUCGUCAGUCGCGCCGCAGCCGUUCACGUCCAGCUAUAAUGCUUCCAAAGCUGCGAUCGCCAUGUAUGCUGCCUGCCUGCGUUUGGAGGUAGAAGACGCCUUCGGCGUCAGAGUAGUGGAUCUGAAGACCGGGGCGGUGAAGUCGAACUUUGGGACGAGUGAGGUCCUGCAGAAGACGCAUGUCCCGGAGAAAUCUAUCUUUGCGCCGGCGAAGGUUGAGGUGGAGAAGAGCAUGACGUUGGAAGGGUUGGCGAAGGAUGCGAUCGAGGCGAAGGAUUGGGCAGAGGCGGUGGUUAGGGAUUUGACGAGGAAGAAUCCGCCGGCGACGGUGUGGAGGGGGUCGCAUGCGGGUUUGGCGAAGAUCGCGCAGUUCUUCCCGCUCUGGUUGACGAAUGCGAUUGUUAAGAGGAUGAUGGGGAUGGGGGAGGUCGCGGCGGCGUUGAGGGGGAGGUGA